ACAAAAAAAAGAAGCAUGAUGACAAUGACUCCAGUUUCCGAUCCAAUUCCAAUUGGAAAUCAAGAAGAUAAGGAAAACAUAGAGGAUGCAGAAAAUACAAUGAAUAUAUCACCAGCGUGUGAUAGGAUUCUAGUGGAUCAUCAGUACACCAGAGAUGUUGUCAUCACAGCAUUUGAUGGUCAAUUUGAAGAUUUGGAUUACAACCCAUCGUCGGUUGUAAUUGAUGAACUACUUAAAGAAGAAAUAGAGAACGUCAGAUUUACGGUUCACAAGUUCCCGGUUUCAUAUGAAACAGUUGCAGAAAAAGUCCCAGAAUUGAGAGAAAAAUAUCCGGAUGAAGUGCUCCAUCUUGCUGCACACUCUGUCAAAAACAGAGUUCUUUUCGAGGAAAAAGCAUUCUCAGAUGGUUAUGUUAAGAAAGAUGUGAAUGGAUUCGUUCCAGAAGGAAAUACGAUUUCCUCUGAAAAUUAUGAAGAUGCGGAUGAUAGAAAGUCAUUAAAGCCAUUUAUUGAUUUUGAUUUUUUGAUAGAAGAUGUCACUGAAAAGUGUGGAUUAGAUGGAGAAAAAUUUGGUGGAUUAACAGUUGGGAAGUCUCAGGAACCGGGAAGAUCAGUUGGCGGUUAUUUGUAUUACUUAUCCCUCCGUGAACGACCGAUCAAUACACUUCUUAUUCAUAUUCCACCUUUUGAAGGAGAAUGUACAAAAGAAGCAGUGACCAACGUGAUUCGUGAGGCAAUCAAGUUUAUCACAAUAAAUGAUUUUUAA